AUGCAUAUUUUUUUCUAUAUUUCUGUUAUUGCUCAGUUUUUUAUUUUUAUUAAGGCAGUAAAACAUAUUAGAGUGAGGUAUCCAACAGAACAUAAAAUAUUUGAAAAUGAUAUAAACGAAAAUAAUAGUAUGAAAAAGGAGAAGUUUUUUAAAAACCCUAAUAUACCAUAUCUUAUGAAACCAUUACAAUUAAUAGAAACUUCACAACUGUCAUCACCACAUAAUUUUGGAUUUAUGUAUAGAAGAGAAGGGGUAAAAUAUUUUCCAAUAAAUAUUGCAGAAGUUACAGGAAGAUUAACAAGAAAAGCUAAUAGAUCACAAUAUUUAAAAUUUGAUGCUGAUGGAAGGCAUGUUAUUUUUAAUAGACCAUAUGGUUCAAAAAUGUAUUAA